CUCACGGGAGUGUUGUGUCUUGUUUGUCCUCGGAUCGGAGACGAUCGAUUGGAAAGCUUCUUCCCACGUUUCUCUUUUUUAUUUCUUGCCCACGCACGCGGAGGAGUCUCCACGGUGUGGCUCCUGAAUGUCUGGGACGUACAAUUGAUUGAUUUCUCGCACAUUCCACAGUGUCACACAUUUAUAUUUUUGCUACUGCCGCUAAUAGAUCACGAGACCGCGUUCUCUCUGUGCUGGUUCUUUCCCCCCAAAAACACACAAAAAAUCUAUUUUUAUCGCAAAAGAGAGAUUUAGUCGUGGAGUGCGCGAUAAUCCCCGCAUAUCAGAAUCUGUUCCACUCUUCUGGCCUCAAAAAAAAAUGAUUGGUGAAUGUAGCAGCAGCUGAUAGGGCAGCACGAAAGCCCCACAGAGCGAUAAGACGCCACGAAAAGGAUAAAGAUAGAAAAAGGAUAAAACUACGAGAUACCACACGCCACAAAGUAAAUCCACCGGGAAGAGUCACGUAAAUUCAUUUGAGUACUCACAGAGUGUUCCAAGACGCCCCCAUGAGCGUCUCGAUGUACGGACAAAUGUGAAUAGGCUGCUCCAUUGGCGCAGGCAGCAUCUCGAUAUGGAGAAGAUACGUGUGGAUGGCGCCAAUGGCGUCCGUUUUACCGCAAGACGCGCCAAAGGGUGCUUCACACCCGGUAGUGCAGGUUCACCCUUCACAAGUGGCUCCCUCGUGGCAUCAGCUGCCUCGGAAUCCCUCAUGCGUAUUCCCAAGUCGGAAAUUAAUCCCAAUAAGGCGGUCUUUACGAUUGAUUCGAAAACCUCACAAAUUCUCAUUGUCAACAACAAUGCCUGCAUCCUCUUGGGCUUCACAUCGCGCGAACUAUGUGAGAUGCAAUUUGGGGCAUUGCUGGCGAAUAAGAAUAAACAGCAUGUGUCUGCCCUUGCGGAGGGGCAGCUAAAUAGUGAAGAUGGGACAAUGGUACUGCUGAGUGGGAAGGUGGUUGAGAUGAAUACCAAAGCUGGACAACCCAUUGCUGUAUCUCUGUGGAUUCGUCAAAUUGACUCAGAGGGACGAUGCUUGGCUGUAGCAGAGCCCGUGGAGCGACGUGUAGCUGAGCUGGUGAUUGAUCGGGCUGGAUUUGUUCUUUCCGGAGACUAUGAUGCAUUGCUUCUCUUUCAAUUGGACUCUGCUGAUCAAUUCAAGGGAAUGGAUGUAACUAGCCUAAUUCCUGCCAUUCAUCUACCUGAUCCGGAACAUUCAGGACCCAUUCCAAAGCAUGUGCGAAAGCAAAAAGCCACCGGAAGGACACUUGAUGGCAUCUCCUUUCCCCUUUGCCUCAUGAUUACGCCACUGCCGGAGGCGACGGAAGAGGAAGACGCCAGUGGAAUGUACACUGUGACCAUUUGGGUGUUUACAAAUCUCAGUGGUUUGAUGGUGAUUGAGGAGAAUGGGAUUAUUGAGUCGUGCAAUCAUCACUUUUCAAUGCUAAUGUUUGGCUAUGCUCAAGGGAAGAUUCUCGGGCAGCAUAUUACGAAAAUUGUGCCGAAUUUUGGUCAAGAACUCGAAUAUGUUGGCUACAAUCGCAGCCGAAAUGCCACAAUUUCAUCCCUUGGGAAUGAGGAGUCUGAAACGGAAACUGAUCCCGUCUAUGUGGAACGUACGGAUACAAUGUCCAAUUCCGCGGAUGCGGGAAAAGUAUGCCAGGAUAUAACAUCAUCAAAGGUGAGCUGUUCAGCUAUUUCGGAGCUGUCUGAUGACAUGAGCAACCUCAAAUCCCUCUCAAGUGAUACAAGAUCCGACAUGGAAGCCUCCAAUGUGGCCACAAUGGUGAAAUCCGUGUCAGAUCAUCUCCUAGCAGCGGAAAAUUAUGAGAAUAAUAAAAAUGUCGCCAAUACCGUGAAUAAUCUCAUCAAUUCCGAAUGUAUGAGCUUCACAAAGGAGCUCAAUUGUACCCCAGGGGCACCACAACCGGACCCAGAUCUCCUAACACCUGUAAAUGAGACCGAUCGUAGCUACCUGAGUGCCACAUCGCAGCCAGAGGAGUUGAAUAAUCUCUCCCAGGGCGCCAAGAAAACCCAACCGCCGAGUAAUCGCAAUGUAAUGGAGGUACGACGUCCAUCAGCUACACGCAGGAGUCAACUUCCCUUCACGGAUGGAAAGUACAAAGGGGAAGCCAUUCACUGCGAUGGCAAUAUCAUUGAUAUUCUCUACACAAUCUCCAGUCAGACACUCCCGUGUGGGGGGAAGGUGUACUGUGUGUGGAUCUGUAGGGAUCCCGAUACGGAUUAUGAGCUGAAUGAUGAGGAGGAGCGUCAUCAGAAUCUCACGCUUACCUUCAAUAGUGUCACGAGUACAGUGGAAAAUUCUCUUGGGCAAGCGAUAAAGGUAACAGCAGCACAGAAUACAAGUCGCCCCAAUUCCAUGUCAUUGGUGUCUCAGUGUGAAGAUGAGCAGAUUAGUGGGGAAUUCAGUAAGCACUACACAACACUAAAGCAAAUUGGAAAGGGGGCAUAUGGGUAUGUGAAGAUGGCUUACAGGAAUUCCGAUCGUUUGCUCGUAAUUGCCAAGUUUAUUCUCAAAGAGAAACUCUGUCCGCAAUUUAUGGUGAUGACGGAGGAGAAGCGUGAAGUUCCGAUGGAGGUGUACCUCCUCACGACGGUUAAACAUCCGAAUAUUGUACAGGUGCUGGAUGUCUUUGAGAAUGAUAAAUUCUUUCAGCUUGUAAUGGAGAAGCAUGGCUCGGGGAUGGAUUUGUUUGAAUUUAUCGAUAGACUACCGAUGAUGGAUGAGAAAUUGGGUUGUUUUAUCUUUCGCCAAAUUGCCGCUGCUGUGGACUACUUGCACAGCCUAAAGAUCCUCCAUCGGGACAUUAAGGAUGAGAAUAUUAUCAUUGAUCACAAUUUCCACGUGAAGCUCAUUGAUUUUGGAUCGGCUACUUUCAUGGAGGAAGGACGAUUGUUCUCCACAUUCUUCGGCACGACGGAGUACUGUAGUCCGGAGGUUUUGGCGGGAAAUAAGUAUGCUGGACCGGAAUUGGAAAUGUGGUCACUCGGGGUAACGUUGUACGUGAUAAUGUUCUUUGAGAAUCCCUUUGUGGAUGUUGAGGAGACCCUCCAUGCGGACCUGGUGAUGCCACACAAAGUCACACCUGGGCUGGAAUUGCUACUGAUCUCAAUGCUGGACAAAAACCCCAAAACACGGUGUACAAUGAAGCAGCUGAUGAGUGAUCCAUGGCUCACGCAAGAGAUCAAUACUACCAUGUUCAACUUUUCUUGGAUUGUUCCGUGUGAGCCGCACGAGGAGAAUCCUGAGAAGUACUACACGGGACAAAUUUAUUCCAGUACGACGGCUCUAUCCACGACAUCACCCCACGAUAGCCUUUCACUGGCUGAUGAUGAUUCCAUGAUUGAUGCCGAAGGGGAUGAUGAAGAUGACGCAGAUGAGGAGGAUGAAGCCAGCCUUCCAUCGCAGAAUGAUCAGGGUUUCAUGAGAGCUAAAACUUCCGGAGCAAUCAGGGAUCAUGGUGCAGAUGUGGCGGAAGAAGCUCUCCCACUCAAUACGGAGGCAGGGGAAGAUGUCAAACGCCCAAUUGAGGCACCAAGUGAAGGUAAUGCACCCAUAGGGCAUACUAUGGGGGCCCCCGUGGACGCAAGUGUGUUUAUGUGUGUAAAUAGUUGUUGUGAGGGCGAGCAGGCGCGCCUGGCCUUUGUACAUAGUCACCCCUUUGCUGAGGACAAAUACGCCAUCCGGCGUGUGGGGCACACAAAGAAGCUACAUCGUGGUAAACGCCAGCCAGCCGCAAAGCACUUUCGUCAUUCCUACAGGGAUGAUUUUGAUGGGAACUGCAGUUACUCUGAUGUGAGUGUAACAGCUCCUGAGGAGGAUUUUAUGUCAAAAUCCGUAACAGAAUUAGAAAUGGAUGCCGUGACGGUGGAUCCACGCAAGGAAAUCUCCACGGAAGCUCUACCCUCAACAAAGGCAAUGUUUAUGCUGAAAUCCGAAGCAUUGGCACUGUCAAAGUCAGAGAAUAAUAUCUUUGAGAAGCAAUGCGGGGGUGUGUCGAUCUUCGAUGUGGUCAGUAUGAGUGAUCUCAAUGAACCAUCAACAGCUACCUUUCCCAGCUACAUGAAUGACCUGUCCAAGACGCAAAUUCUCAAUCAACUCUCCCAUGAGGAGCUUGUACGUGCCUCCGUGGCAACGGGAGCGGUACGCUAUAAUCCGGAGAAUCUCAGUGAGAGCCUCACGAGUGACUAGAGCGCGUCCCGCUAACCCUCGCGCAUGGGAUUUGUGAAUUCGUCCUAUGUCUCUGUCCACACACACAUUAAUUUUUUUCCCGCCAAAUUCACAUUCCUUCACAAUAAUUCCAUUGUAAUUUUGUGUGUUUCACUCUCGUGCCGUUUUGCUGUCCCCGCUAAUCGUAAUUCAGAGCUGAGAGAGGACUCAUUUAAAGGGAAUGUUCUGAAGAAAUUCUCCAGGAUGAUCAGGAAGACAUUUCAAUGAACUUUUUGACUUUUCUCAUCAUUUAGGGGCAGACAUUUUCAUGCUUCUCAGUAAAAUUAAAAGUUAUUAAGUACACAAAUUAAUGUUGUAACAUCCUGUGGUCAUUCUGUAUAGGGGAGAAUGGUCUUUUGGACAAGGAUUUGAGCUACUCAGCCAAAAUUCUAUUCUUUUUAGAUUAUUGAUUCGAUUUCAAGAAUCAAGAUUACCAAAUAUUGAUUUGAUUGAGAUUUCUCAACUCAGAAUCAAUUUAUUAAAUAAAUUUCUUUAAUCAGAGAAUGAAAAAAUACAAAUUAAGGAAAGCUCUGAGCACAAAGAUAGAAGAACUUACUAAAAGAAGUCCUUCAGAACAACUUCCUGUGAAUGAUUUUCCCAUCAGCUUUGUCCUUGAAGUUUUGCGAGAAAAAACAGGGAAAAAUUGUUUGCAAUUUGUGUCGUUUUUUGUGGACUUUCUGUUGAUGUGUGCAAUGAAAUUUUGCUCUAUAAAGCGAAUAAAUUCGCGAGAUUGUGUUGCCUUAAAAUGUGAGAGAGAUCUCUCAUGUGCGUGGGGAUGCUUUUUCAACGGUUUAGAAAAAAAUUAUAAUGCUUCGUUUUCACUCCGUUCUAAUCAAAUAUUAAAAAAGCACUUUUAAGGGAUAAAAAAUUAUUUUAAAAAGCGAUUGCGUAAAAAAAUUCAUCAUAAAAGAGAUUUUUAUCUGAACAACAAAACAUGUAACAAAAAGAAAGCUUUUCUCAUCAUUUAGGGGUAGUUUUGUAUACAGAUACCGACGCUCGGGGACGGCCGUCUUUUGAAAUUCUCCACGUGACAAGGAGGAGGCAGUGGGAGGCUCUCUAUGACGACGAUAGUUGGGAGGAUGAUUGUUGAUCGCCAAAAGUGCGCCAAAGUGUUGCAAAAAGAAGAUCAAUUUUUGUGUUUUUCUGCGUGCAAUUGUUUGUAAGAAUGUUAAAGAAGAAUUUAGAACAAAAGCGAAAAAUGUUUGUGAUAUCGAGAAUUGAAAGAAUCUUAUAAAAAAUCAAUGAUCAUGAUGUGGAAUUGAGUGGAAAAGCAGCGGAUAAAGGAGUUUUAAAAAUUAUAUAAAAAAAAACAUAAAAGGAAGAGAAUUUAAAGAGUAAAUUAAUUGAAGAAAAAAAAGCAAUGAUUAGAACAACUAAUUAACAAAAAAAAUGAAAGAAUAACUUGCACCAUUCAUUAAGAAAACAUUGUGAGUAUUUCAAUCAAGAAAAUUCAAAUGUUAACCUUUCUUGCAUUGUAGUAAAAAAAUAUAUAAAAUUGAAAAAGUACUGCAAGUAAAAAAAAAAGAAUUUAGUGCAACAAGCAAAAAAAAUUAGAGAAUAAAAUUGAGAAAAUAUUUAACAAAAAAAUCACUGCAUUUUUCCUCGUAGGAUGAUUUUCUUCUUCAAAGCUCUUUCCUCUAUAAAAUUAGAUCUCUGUUAGAGAACUUCUUAUCCCCUCUCUAUCUAAAAAAAACACUGAACAAAAGAAAAUUAAUUAUAAAAUUAAAAAAAAAUAUAUUCUAUACAAAAAAAUCUCACAACUUCAGUACAAUAAAAAUGAAAAUUAUAGAAAAAAGGCAGAAAUGCAAAUAAUGUAGUAAAUUGAGUGAGAAAAAUUGCUUUCAAUCCAUUUCUUUAUAGUCUCCCCUCACACAGAGUCAGUAUUACAAGAAAUAGGAGAAAAAAAACUUAAAUCUAUUAAAAAAUAUCAAAUUAGUUAAAUUCUUUAGGAGAAAAAAAAUUAUAAAGAUGAAGCACUCAUAAGAUUGAAGCGACUGUUUUUUUGGGGUUGGAAUUGAUAAAGAUAAACUUCAAAAUACAAACUGGUGAUCAUUAGUCAUUGCUAUUUUUGAUGAUUUUACUAGUUCCAUGAUAAUAAUAUAAUAUAUUUCUACAAAUAAAUCUAUUCACAAUAUCACAAAAA